CUUAUCGGAAGUGGUACCAAAAAGAUGAAAAAAAGAAUGACGCGGAAAUCUUUACGUGUUAACGUGAAACGUGGCGAACUUUGCAACGGCCCGCCCGACUCACGGUUUUAUUCGGAUUGCAAAGCAACGUCAAAAUGUUCGGUGGAGACGUGAGCGCUGCUUCCGUGUUGCCGUCUCAUCCGAUUUCUGGAUCAUGUGAUGGAUUUCAAGCCGAAGGAUCUGAUCAUCAUCAUUCCACGAUGACUCCAUUCCAAGAGAGUCAAAGGAAUGUUUAUCAAAUUUUGUAUGGACAUCCGGCAAACGACGAUUUUCCGCGCCCUAUAACACCACUGCAGAUCACAAUUCCCGAAGGAGAUGCGUCACCGACUGUGCCAGUUUCCUGUGGUGUCGUGAAUGGAAAGAUGCAUCUCAACCUGUUCAUGUGCCCUGGGAUUCAUCAGCCGUGUAUUGAAGUGGGAAACGAUCUUCUUUCUCCGAAGCAGUUCACAAUCCGUGGCGACAAAGAGCGUCAGAAAGAUUGGAAGGCGAGCAUCCGUGUUGGAAGAUCUUCGUUGAGAACUCACAUGGAAGCAAUGACCAUCGACUUCUACGAGCAUAUGAAUCGAUGCAGUGGAAAGUGUCAAAGCAGAAAUUAUGUGAAUGCUCCAUCUGAAGAGGUGCUUCAAGCUCGGAAGUCCAAGAGAACAUCUGAAGCCGGACAACUUAAAUAUGAGAUCGAAAAUGAGAUGGCUGGAAAAGAGGCGGAUAAUGAUGAUAAUAGAAAGAGCGCCAAAAAAGCUCGUGGACGUCCACGUGGAAGUGUCAACAAGCCCAGACAAAUGGUCAAAAUGGAGCCACAAGACGAUCGUUUCUUCGAGGAGUUCUUCAUUGAUGCGCCACCACUGCAAUCAAUGUCAUCUAAUGAAGAGCCAACUUCUUCAAAUAAGGAAUCCAAUGAGUGCACGCCAUUCAAUGAUAUUCUCAAUUGUCUGCAGAACGAUCCUAUGAAUUUCUGGUCUCAAAUGCAACAAACCGGUGUUAUCGGUCAUUUCUGCGACGACAUCAUUGUCAGUGCAAUCAAUCUGAAACAAUCCGUUAUGGAUAAUCCUGUCACUCCCACCACUGCCAACAUGCUCACUCGUACUGCAUUCGCUCUCGGAAUUCCACCUGUCGUUGUUCAUCGUGUUCAAUCGAUUGAACGAAACGCUUACCAACAGCGGAAACAUGACGAAAUGUUUAACGAUAUUCAAUCAACUUUGGCCGAGGAGCACAGUGUCAAAUAUCAGCCGAGAACAUCAUCUUCAAGUCAAGAGAGUCUUCACACUGCUCGAGAAUUUACAGAAGAGAAGGUUGAGGAACUUAUUGAUGUUUGCAAGUACGACGAUUAUCCAGAAUCUGAAUGUCUUCCAGGACCUAGUCAUAUUCAAUAAUUAAACAAUUACGGAUUUAAUCCACAAACGCACAAAUAGUGUGUGCAUUUUUUCGUAUGUAUUUUAGAACUUCAUGUUUUAUAGAAUAUAAUUAAAUUCUGAUCCAGUGGAAUAGCCCACUGCUUACUUGUGAGCUUUCCCCCCUCAACAUACCGGUGAAAAUUGUUUGUAGUUCUUCUAGAAUGUUUCAUGCCUUUAUAAUGAAAUCGUGUUCAUUUGAAA